AUGUCGUCGUCGUCGCCGUCGGCUUAUGCCUUCAAACCAGGCGGCUCACUCAAACUUAAAGGCGAUGACGGAAAGAAGGACAAGAAGACGAAGAAGAAAGUCAAGUCUUCCCUCUCAGAAGAAGUCAAGCACGCAUCCACCUCCUCCGCAUCACACUCUUCGUCGAAAACAAAGGCGAAAUCGCCCGAAGCUGACGAAGCCGAAGAGAAGGACCCACAGGAUCUGGCUGAAAGCAGCAGCACAACUCCCAGUGGUAGGAAGAUGACGGAAGCAGAACGCAAAUUCGAACAAGUCAGGAGGAAGCGUAUGCAACAACGCAUUGCAAAGGAAGCAAGAACGUCGCAUAAAGAGAAAGUGGAUGCUUUCAAUGCCUACCUUGGAUCGUUGUCUGAGCAUCAUGAUAUACCGAAGGUCGGGCCUGGUUGA